CAAAGAAGGCAGCGGACCAGCCUGCCAAGUUAACUGCCUGACUUUGGCCCGCAAAAUUGCAUUGCUGGCAUCUCGCUCGCACGCACUUACUUCGGCAGUAAUGCCGGAAAAUGGGGGGAAAUGGGAAAACGCCAGCUAUGUGGGCCUCGUGCGCCGUUCGCAGUCGGCAGUGGGCUUUACAUAAGUUGACGUACGUGGCAGGCGGCCCGCUCCUGGAAUUCAGUGCCCGGCUGCAGGUCCUUUGCUCAGGUUGUGUGGACGCGCUUUCAGUUUUUCCGGGCAUCAGCUGCUGGCGCUUUGCAACUGGUUCGGAUUUUCCUUUUUCCUCCUUUGAUUUUCAAAGUUUUCCUAAUUUCAUUUUUUUUUUUAUUGUAUUGGUUCUGGGCUGCAAACCGGCUGGAUGGCCAAAAGGUUCGUCGACAGUUUUGUGUUUUUUCAGCUGUUCGGCUUGUGGGGGAAAAAAAGUGGUUAGACCUCUUUUUUAUUACACUUUAAUUUGGAUUUUUUGCCAUUAUUUAUCUCAUUUCUCAACUAUUGCUAUUUGCCGCCUGCGUGGGCCACUUUCAAAAGCUUUUUCGGGGCUUCCGUCGAUUAAUUUUGGAGUUCGUUUUUUUUUUCGUCUCGAUUUUGUAUCGUUAAUUUUUAUUUAUUCAUUUCGUUUUCGCCGAAUCAUAAAGCCAAAAAACUUGAUUUGUGCGCACGGCCAGCAGUAAAUCAAUUUAACAAUAUCAAUUCGCUCGUAAAACCGUUUGAAAAAACACGUCUAAACGAAUUUAUCCAUAUAUAAAACCAUGCAGCCGAAGUGUUAAUCGAGGAACUACAACAAAGUCAGAGAAAACAACAUGUGAGGCGGCUUAAAAAGUUAGCUCUGCCACUCGAAAAGAUGGCCGCCAGGAUGUGCAGCGUCGUUUCCAUCGUCGUCAUCUAGUUGCAGCAGCAGCAGCAGCAGCACUCACAGAUACACACGCACACCAAUGCCGCUGGCAGCCAGACAUUCGCACACCAAUACCAAUGCCAGCCACUCUUAAAGACUGGAUGGAUCCCAUGUCAAUUUCAUUUAUGAGUUUUAGCAUCGAAACUACCGAAGCUCAUUCAAAGCCCACCAAAAAGCAUUCGACUGUUGUUCCACGGAGGCUUAAAACAGAGACAGCAGCAACGAUCGACGAGGGCUCUAGUGCAGUUGGACAACUCUGCUCAUUUGGCCGCUGAAAAUCGACCUCGCGAGACGUGGAAGUUGGGGAUUCGAUUUCGUUCGACGGCGGCAACGCAUCGCCCGUUGCAGUGCGGCUCUAGUUUUUUUCGGUUUGAUUGAUUGCGAUUAUGAACGAGACCUUCAAGCUGUCCGGAAUGCAGCGCAGCAAUAUCGAGCUCGAGCGGCAGAGGCACCUGGCCAAAUGGCUGGUUAAAAGCAGUCCCCACAUGGCAGCCGCAGCAGCGGCCAGCGCAGCAACAACAACAGCAACACAGCCACCCACUGCAUCAUCGGCAGCAACAACAAAUCCUGGCUCAACAGUAGGAGGAGCAGGCGCAGGCACAGUGGGCGGCAACCAGGCUGCAGCAGCAGCUGCAUGUAACGGUGGAGCUGCGGUUGGCGCCCAUCACGGUCACAUUUCGGCGGCGGUGCCGCGCAAGCCGAAGCUGCGUCGCUUUAACUCCCACGACAUCAGCUCCAAUAUGUUCUCGGUGGCGGAUUUCGAGAACGCCCGCCUGGCCCGUCGCAACGAGAUCGAGUUGUACCACCGAUUGGGCGGCGGAUCGGGACUAGUGCUUGGCUAUUCCGGAUUCUGUGACGCACUUAAUGGCAGCCACGACUACUCCACCGGGGACAGCAAGGCCUCCAAGGGCAGCAGCGAGUCACAGCAGGAAGCUCUGCCCGCCGAUGUGUUUCUUGAGCGGAAUCCCCUGCCCCGCGUCGUCCGCAUCUUGCAUGCUAGCAAGUGCUCCAACGAAACUCUGCAGUCGAGCUCAUCGCACGGCUCAUCCACGGCGGCAUCGAGCAGUUCCUCGACGGGAGUUAAUCCGGUCAGCGGUGGCACGAAUGCUUCCAGUGGCAACAUUGGCAACGGUACCGGCAACGGCACCGGCACCCAUUCAUCGUCCAGCGGAGGAAGCGGCACCGGAAACGGAACUGGCUCUGGUCCUGGCUCUGGUUCGGGUUCUGGUCCAGGUCCUGCUGCUGGUCACCAGAUCAACAACGGACGGCAUAGCAGCAGCAGCAGCAACGGUGGCACCACUCCACCCGGCCACGAUGAGCUAUUUCUACUGUACAGGCUGGUGCGACAGAGGAACAUCUACCACGGACACAAUGCCAAGACUCAGGCCUCGCAGCGCAAAAAGACUGUGCUCAUUCCACAGGAGUUUCCGGGUUACUUUUCGCUGUUGAACGAGAAGGGUUUGCCCACCGCCACGCAGUACGGAUCCCUGAUUCAGUUGGUGCGCGAAAGGGUCUACAAGUUCGCCUCGGUGGACAAUAUGCCGGCGUUCACCGAAUCCUCACCGAACAGCACAAGUAGUCCGACACACGAGGGCUGCCUGCCCAUUACCAAGGGGCGUCCGCAGUACGUUAAAACGACGGCGAGGGGGGGACAGGUAUUCAAGCUUUUGGCCGUCUUCGAGGAUGGCAAACAGGAGCAGGCGAAUGUGUCGCAGCACGGCAACGUGAACGUGGCCAAGUCCCAUUUGACUGGCUACAUGGGACGUGAGAAGGAGAAGAACCGGUAUGCCCAGCUGAUGAAUGAGAACCGCCAGGUGAUGUACGUACCAUUGUCCACCAAGGGCAAGUUCUACGAGAUCGAGCCGGGAAUCCCUCAGUUGCUCCAGAAACUGGGCGAUGCCCAGCGCAAAUUGAAUCCGGAAUGUGUGUAUCGUUUGGGUGUUUUGGUCACGGCGGCCAAACAGCUGCCGCUGACACUGCGAUAUAUCUCUGGUCCCGGCGGUCACGACAUUCCCGAGCAGCUGUGCAUCAGUCAGGUGAGCAAGGAGGACGUGGUCGUGGGCUGUUCCAUCGAGGACGUGGACACCCAGACGCCACUGCAGCUGAGGAAGUUCUAUCCCAGUCGGAAUAUCCAGCUGGUGAAGAGUUACCUUGGUUUCGAUUCCGAACAGCGAAUGCUUGCCAACACAAAUGUGCAGAAUAUGCUCAAGUUUUGUCAGUUCAACUGCGAUCCGUUCCUCAAAUUGGUGGAGAUUGAGUUGAUUCAGCGAUCGGAGCGUUCGGGAAGCAAGAAUCGGGAGGGUCUGCGCAUCCUGAAGCCAUUGCACUUUCCAAAGAUCCUGCGACGCGAGAAGAGCACCAUGGCAGCGGCGCACGAAAAGGAGAAAUCGAUCAUCUUCCUCAGCAAAUCCGAUCUGGAGAAUUUGGAGGCCAAGGAAGCGGCGGCGGCGGCAGCUGCUUCUGCAGCCCAAUCGGAAUCCAGUUUGAAUCGCAUCUCUGAGCGCAUGCGGGUAUUCCAGUCGACCAAGAAGAAGUGGUUCGGCAGGCAUCAUCCACAGCAGCAGCAGCAGCAGAUCGAGAAACAACCCUCCAGCCUGGAUCUCGAUGAGCAGGCCAAGCGACUGAGCAUGGAGCGCUAUACGGAUAUGUCCAAGUUGCUGCAAGAGCGAUUCGGUUCGGAUCCCGAGCAGCCGGAACAGGAUGGCAUAUCGCUGAACAGUACUGGUGCCUCCGAUACCGAGACCACAAUGCUCACCACAAUGCUGACCACCAUGGAGCCCAAUUCGCUGGACACAAUGCUGCAGAAGUCGAUGUCGCUGCAGGAUAUUGAGCUGCUGAAUGGCCAGUGCAAGCAGCGACCCGAUCUGCUGGCCAGCCACAAUCACAGCGAUGCCAUCAGCGAGGCGGGCACCGAGCUGGAGGACGUGGAGAACCAGACGCCGCCGCCGCAGUCCUUCAUCACCGAGAAGCUGUACAACGAGUUCCAUGUGAAGACCCGCCAGUACAGCAAGUCAUCGUCCAGCUUGCACCAGUUGCGUCACUUUUCGCUGCCGCAAAAGUUGCAGCUGCACGAGGCGGCCGAGAAGGAGAAGCGUCAUCUGAUGCUGUUGAAGGCACAGCAACAGUCACUGGUCAAGGUACCGAUCACCGGAAGGCGAGCAGCGGGAGGAGUUUGCCUGUUGGGCGGCGGACUUAAUCACGUGCCGAUCUUACCGCCUUCGCUGGUGGAGGACGAUCUGCCCUAUUCGAGUGUACGCGAUUCGCUGGUGAUCUCCGGCGACGGCUGUCUGCGAUCGGAUUCGGCCAACAGACCAGUUCCCGCCUUGGAUUAUACGAAGGAGAAUAUCUACGCGGAGAUCUGUCCCUCGCACACCGCGGACACCUUUUCGGGCGCCACCCAAAGCACUCAGAUGCCGGACGAUGAUGGGGAUUAUGCGUCGCUCAAGUAUUCGGUCAAUGGACCACAGUCCGUCAGUCGCAUCGAGGUGAAUGGAGCGGCGACGGCGGUGAAGAGCAGCGCCAUCAGCUAUCACACCGUGUACCUGGGCGAGGAACCAUUGGGGGAGCGGCAUGCUGCCCACAUCACCACCGUGGAGCUGGCCGGGGAGGAUAACAUUUACAAUACGCUCAAAUGAUGACUCAUGUGAUUCCGGCGACGCAAGUUUGCCGGCGCCAAGGGGCUGUUUUAAAGACGUCCAUGGACAAAGGGCAUGCAAGAGGAUUGGCCUGUUACACAAGAUCCCAUCCAGGACCUUCUUAAUGUCUUGUACUCGAAAGGAAUUGUAUAUUUAUUCUUUAUAAGUAUUUUUUUUUAGUUAAUCAAUCUCAAUGAAGAAAUACUUGAUUGUUUGUCCAUUUAAUUAUUCACUAGUUUUAUACACAAACAAAAAUGAAUUUGUAAAAAUGAUCACCCCAUAAAAAAUUAGCCUAAUUUUAAACAAGAACAAAAAUAUUCGUUUCUAAUUUUGUUUUUAUUUUGUAUUUCUCACAUACCCUGCGUGAAACAUGUAUUAUUAUUAUUUUUAAAAGUGACUUAUGUUUCGAGUACAAGAUAAUAAUAAGAGCAUUUUGUUGGUAGAGCAUUUUCUACAAAAUUAUGCUUCGUUUAAGAUCUGUAAAAUUUUGUGAGCAGGCAUCCAGCCAAAAUCAAAUGAAUUUAUAUUUUAAUUUGUGCACAGUGUUGAGGAGUAAAAACACCUUUGUUAACAUCAAUGUAAGGUCUUAGUCAUAAAUCUGUGAAGACUCUUCUUAAUUCAAAGCAAAAUUCGAUCCCCUGUUUGCCCUUUGAUCAUGGCUUAAAGGAGUUUGGAGUUAUAUAUAAUCAUCAUACACAAUUUAAUGCAUCUCUUAUGGCGCUAAUGCACAAAAAACACCACAAAAGUAGACAAAAGUAUCUUAUUUUGCGUUUUCCUUCGUUAGACAAACCACGAAACGAAAACUGUAUUGUGAAUUCAAAGAAAAUUUGAAUCUGGGUUAACACCUAAAAAAAAAGGAAAGAAAAAUCUCUGUCGUAACAUAUAAUUACAUAUAUAUAUUUGUAGCGAGUAGUAUUAGUAUAGGGAUCAACUUUGUAAAUGAGACGUCGCUGUGGACGACGAAAAACCCCCUUGAAAUGACAACAGAAAUUGUAAUAUUAUUAUUAACCAAGUGAAGACAAGCAAUUUUGUAUUGUAACCUAUAUACGGUUGGCUCCAUCGGGCCACCAGUCCACCACCUUCGACCCAUUAACUUCCCGAUCCCUCAACCAUACAAAAAAAAAACAUCAUAUUGAAACUGAACAUUUGGAAAUUGCAAUAUUAUACAAUUGUAUACAUUACUUAUAUAUAGCUAUACUUAUACACGUAUACUUACAUACGAUAUGGAAAUCUUAGUGCAAACCUAAGGUAUUAUUAGCUCGUAGGCAAUCAACAAGUCAAAUCAAAUCAUAAGCGAUAUACAUCUACAUAUGCAUAUAUUGUAUAUUUGUAAAAUAGCAUAAACUUUUAGGGCAAAAUGCCAAACUUUUACACGAUCUCUCGUAUUUUGUCGUUCUUUUUUGGAAACCCAUUAACUUGGUUUUGUUGGGUUCACAUCUUUGUACAAUCCCAACAAUUCCAAGUUAAUCAAACAAAAUAAUUACAUCAAAGUGCGGGCAUGUCCACAUAGCAUUGUAAAUAUUUGAAUGCGUCCGCUUGUCCGAAUUGGUCGAUGCCUGUAAAUGAACACUGAGCAGGCAGGCAGCCAGCCCUUCAGAGAACUUUUCAUACAAACAAAUAACAAACAAGCAAACAUAUUAAAUAACUAAUAAGUAACCUUAUCGAGCCAUAUAGAAGUGCAGUCUCAAAGUAGAGCGUAGACAUUAAGAUCCAGUUUCUAGUCUUAACUUGAAAGCAAAUAUGAAACCGUUUUGAACUAGAGACAUGCCGAACUUUAACUUGUGUAAUGAAAGACUUCGGUCGCCCGGAGGAUUCUUCAAUAUAUACACUUUCAAUUGUGUACCACAUAAAUAAAUACUUAGCAAGGA